AUGAUCGCAGCCGUAACAAGUACACGAAGUGAACCGGCUAUCUGGCUUCUCAAUCUCAAGUCACCGAAUGGCGAAAUAAAGAAACUAGAAUCACCAGUGGACGAGUCCGCGUUCGAUUGCUGUUUCGAAUUGUCUGACGAGGACUUUGUUGCCCUCUUUGACGGUACUGCUUACACGUCAAACCUCUUUGCCGCAGGAAAGUUAGUCAUUGAGGGAGAUCUGACUGCCGCGCUCAGACUUGACAAAGAGCUCACGCAGCUACGAAAGGCCUAG